AACAUAAAAACAUCACAAAAUGUCAUAUCAUGACACAUAAUAACUGACAUACCUUGUAUUUCAAAAUAAGUGCUGCUAAUUCAGAGGAGGAAGAGGGGAGUAUAUGGAUCUAAAAGGUGUAAGAGUCUGUGACUAGGGUUGAUAUUUUAUUUAUGGUGGGUGUUCUGUACGCCUGCUUUUUGCUGAUGUAGACUCAAAGAUGCUUUGCUCACAGACAGGAACUCUCAAGCAAUACAACGAAUCAGAAUUAAUAUUACAGACUCUUCCCAGUUUAUUUAAGGUAAGUUUUCAUAUUUAUUUCUUAUGCGAAACAUUAUUAAAAUGUUUUGAGAAAUGCCAGUUAGAUGUUGAUUAUAUAGAAACACUGUUUAUCUAAAACCUUAUUUACCAGUUAUAGAGAUUUUAUUGGAUAAAUGUUAAUAUUAUCAAAUAUAUAUAUAUAUAUUUCUGGCUACAGUAACAUUAUAAAAGUGGAAAAUAUCAAAAAACACUGGCUGUUUUCACCAUCAUACAGGAUGUAGACCUAAAAAAAUCUACAUUUACAUAACCACUGAAGGAUGUAUUCUCAAAUUUUCAUAACAGCAAACAAAGCACUCUUGUCCCAUUUGCUAGUGCCUGAAUAGUUAAAGGCAUGCCUGUGUAAAACGAUAGCUUUGGUUUUGUCACCAUAGGCAAGGAAAUAUGAGAAUACAAGACACUUCCUGUACCCUGUUCUGUUUUUGUGCUUGAGAAGAGGAGAAGGGGUUAUUUUGUAGCAUAUUUCUAGGCAGCAAAUCCAUAUCUGGUCUUAAAGAAAAACUGUGAAACCAACUUGGUUCUAUGAACACUAAAAGUUGAACAAUAUGGCCCAUUUUCUGCUUAUCACCCUGCCCCUGAUAAUAUAACUUAUUUAUUUUAUUAUUAUUUAAUUGGUUCUCAUAAGAUGAUUUUAAUAUUUAUUUAUUUUGUGCUCACAAAUAUGGCAUCUCACCAAAUACUUCCUCUUUCUCUUCAGCUUAAUAUUCUUUGUAAGUUUCAAAUGAAUCAUAAGACACAGUUAACUGGACUAAAAUUAAAUAAAUAAAGGUAUUUUAUAAUAUACCAAACCUAUGAAAUACACACAUUACAAUACAAUUUGCUACAUUUAACAGCAAAAACUAGAUAAUUUUCUUCCAGUAAUAUAACUGUUGCCUGUUUGGUCUCAGCAAGGCCAAACUUUUACAUUUAAUACAAUGUACAUGUCGGAUUGCUGUUGGUCUUAUUCAGGAUCACUCCUCUUAUCUAUGGGACUAUGGAUACUACUUUCAGAGAACAGCAUUUUAAGUAUGUGUUAAUUUUUUUUUUGAGUACAGAAAUCAGUGCUAUUUUGAUUCCUUGUCUAUUAAUUAUUAUAUAUAGUGAACUAUUAAAGAAUUUGCUCCAUGUCUUUUACAGUGCCCUCCGCUCCCUACAUUUCCAUCUCUCUCUUCUCCUACUUCCUGAUCAUCAGUGGAUCUGUGACCAUGUCAUUAGGCUUCUUAGGAUGUCUAGGUUCUCUGAAGACUGUCAAAUGCCUGCUGGCAACUUAUUUUAUCCUGCUCACGGUUCUUCUUGCGGCUCAGAUAGUGGGUGGGGUUCUUUUCUACACCCAGAAAACUGAGUUGGCAGGUUCACUAAAGGACCAUACUCUAAAGUCAUUUGGAAGGAAUGAUUCCAGAAUAAUAAGUUUUGAAAAUACUCUAGUGUACAUUCAGCAAGAGGUGAGAGUCACAGCACAGUAAACUAAAGCACACAGCAGUAAACAACAAAAAGAACGCUAAAUAUGAAAAAUCUUUUGCAAGCUUUUGCACUCACAUCUUCCAAGUAAAUGUCACACUUAGAAUAAAGUCAAAUCCACAAAUUAACAAAGUGUAUAAGCACAUAAUAUUUGAUUUUAAGGCAAGUGUUUGCAUGCAGUUUCAGUUAAUGGCACAAAAAUGAUUCAUAUAGUGCCAACACAAAUGGAUUUUAUAUAUUUAAAUGAGGCUAUAUACAAUGAAAAUAAGUAGUUGCAUUGCUUAAGCUCAUUUUAAAUGUAAAUGAAAAAGCAGCAAAAAUAUUUUUUGCAAUUGUACUGUUUAUAUUUAAGCUAAAAAGCUUGUAGAUAAAAAGCUAAGAAAAGGUGUUUGACUAUACGAAAGUAGUAUUCAUGAACAUUUUUUAAAAUAAUGCUCUAAAAGUAAAAGUAUCUGCGUAAUAUUUCUGUCUUUUUUUUAAAUUGUUGGAUUAUGUUUUUCUUCUACCUGCCAGAGGUGUCCCCUGGUAUAUGCUAUUAUAUCAUUAGAACUUUAAAGCAAACUUUGACAGGUAUAUUGGGAAGUUUGAAACAAGAUAUCACAUCCACCAUUAUAUCUCCGCAGGCCAAAUACUGUGGUUGGCAUGGAACAGAAGAUUGGCUCUAUACCCUGUUCCUGCUUCAGCAUAGGCAAUGCCAUUCUCAAUGCAACAUAUGAAAUCCAAGAUCCAAAUAAGUGUAACACAUGUUUCUCAGAUGAUAUCCUUUCAAAUCACACCUGUGGGAUUUAUAAGCAGAUACUGUACGGGGUAUGAUCCUUUCGAUGUGUCUGUAUAAAGAGGGUUCUGUGGAUUACAACACAAUUCUCCACUAAGAUGACUAGGAUCAGUGAGGGGAAAAAAAGUAUUUGUUUUCUGUCAUUCAUAUUUGAUGUUUUGUUAAUGUUUUUUAGGGUUUUAUACAGAUAUUUUUUUCUCCAAAAGGCAGUUGCUUGUUCAUUUUCCUUGUUAUUCAGAUGUUAUGUUUUUUUCUACUAUUUGUUUAUGAAAAAGCACAAAUAAUUCGAAACAGUUGCUAUAAUAUUUAAAGGAUAUAAACUUUUAUUUCAUGAUUCUCAAAAUAUGUGCGUGUGACAAAGAAUGUUCUCAUUUGUUCGGUUUAGCCCUGGGUGAGAAAAACAUAUGGGUGGGACAGUAUAAUAUUUCACAAUUGUUGUGCACACAAAGCAAAUGACCUCAAUAUUGAGUCAAUGUGAGUGAUACUGUUCUCAUGCCAUGUCUUUUAGAUGUAAAAUAUUAAAACUCAAAUUGUCCUUAAUUCUAUGUUGUUUAUGUAAGUUGAAAACAAGUGUUACACAUUGGCUUUUAAUAAUGUUUGAAUUUAAGUAAACUGCAUAAUUUUAAGAAAAUUGUGUUAGUAUAUAAAUACACUUUAAAAAAAAACAGGCUAAGUGUAAUACAGCUACUGUUGCUAAAUGGAAAUAAAACAGUAAAUUACUUUAUGAAGUUGACUUUAUGUCAUAACAGCUGCAUUUAUGUGUUUAUUUAAACUGAGGAUCUAAAUGGUACAUGGGACACGUCAUAUCCCAUAGCAAGUUAUUGUUAGGGCAGGGAGGAGGACAGGGCGCUUGUUAUCAGGUAUCAUAUAUAUACAUGCUGUGUUCAUUUCCCUCAUUAAUUCCAAAGCAACACUACAGACUAGGAAGUUUGAUAAAGACAUGAAGAUGGGAUCCCGCACAUUGGUUCUGAUCUUGUUUUUAGGUGCCCUCUGCGUUGCACAGGCACUGAAGUGCAACUACUGCCAGAAGAUUGAGAAAAACAAUCCCACCUGUGAUAAGAUAGAGGAGAAAGAAUGCACCAGUGGUUUUGAUAAAUGCAUUACGAUCAAAAUGCAUUCUCCAGCCUACGGUGAAGUGCGCAGAUGUGCAAAUGCUAAUGAGUGUGAUGCUCAGGUGCCUCCUCAGGUGGAGAAACAGUGCUGCAACACAGACCUCUGCAACUGAUCUGCUCCAUCAGCCAAAUGUAUUUUACAAUAUGAUCUGUGAUAAUCUUACACUACUUAAAAUGCUCAAACUAUAGAGCAUACUAUCAUUGUUAUUAAUUGACUUUAAUUUAAUAUAUAGGUAAAUGUAAGUAGAGAAUAAUAUAAAGAAAUAAAAUCUGGCCAGCAAAACAAA